AUGCCUCCAACGAGUUUGGUUCACUCUAACUUACCCAUUUCCCUCUGCCACUGGAACAGCUCCACAAAGUCCCCAUACCCUAAAACAUCACCGAGCCUGUUAAAGUCACCAACAGAGACUGAGCUGAGAAUAAAGGGGAUCAUGGAGAAACUAGACCAGCUGAUCCCACCCAGACCCUUCACCCACGUGAGCUCCACCACCAGCGCCACACACAGCAAAGCCACCCUCCUCAGCCCUCAAGACACAUACUGCAGGGGGGAUCAGCUAGACGUCCUGCUGGAGGUGAGGGACCACUUGGGACGCAGGAAGGAAUGUGGCGGGGAUUUCCUGAGGGCCAAGAUGUCCUCCCCAGCCCUGAAGGCAGGCGCUUCGGGAAAGGUGACAGACUUCAAAAAUGGCACCUACUUUGUCAGCUUCACCCUGUUCUGGGAGGGCCGGGUGUCUCUGUCUCUCCUGCUCAUCCUCCCCAGUGAAGGGGUGUCGGCUCUCUGGAGGGCAAGGAACCAAGGCUAUGACAGGGUGAUCUUCACAGGCCAGUUUGCCAGUGGCACCUCCCAUGUCAAUACUGAUAGUGCCCUGGUUUUAAAUUCAAGUGCUGAACUGUGUGAGAACCUGGAUACUCGUGUCCAAGAAUUCUACUUUCUACCUCAACACAUACUCUGUGAGGCCCUGACUGACAUGACCACCAGAAAUGGAGAAAUUUCUUAUCUUACUGUCAAGGAAGAAGCUUUUUUUCACAGGUCCAGUAUAGGAGUUGAAAUGAUGAAACAUCUUAACCAUAUUGAUAGAAAUACCUUCAGAAUGGUCUCACACCAUGAAGUACUACUGGAUCCAGCAGUUUCACCAACAGAGACUGAGCUGAGAAUAAAGGGGAUCAUGGAGAAACUAGACCAGCUGAUCCCACCCAGACCCUUCACCCACGUGAGCUCCACCACCAGCGCCACACACAGCAAAGCCACCCUCCUCAGCCCUCAAGACACAUACUGCAGGGGGGAUCAGCUAGACGUCCUGCUGGAGGUGAGGGACCACUUGGGACGCAGGAAGGAAUAUGGCGGGGAUUUCCUGAGGGCCAAGAUGUCCUCCCCAGCCCUGAAGGCAGGUGCUUCGGGAAAGGUGACAGACUUCAACAAUGGCACCUACUUUGUCAGCUUCACCCUGUUCUGGGAGGGCCGGGUGUCUCUGUCUCUCCUGCUCAUCCUCCCCAGUGAAGGGGUGUCGGCUCUCUGGAGGGCAAGGAACCAAGGCUAUGACAGGGUGACCUUCACAGGCCAGUUUGCCAGUGGCACCUCCCAUGUCAAUACUGAUUGUGCCCUCAUUUUAAAUUCAAGUGCUGAACUAUGUACCUGGAUACUCAAAGCCAUUGAAUGUCUGCUCCUGAGAAGUCCAGACACCAAAGAGAUGGAAAACAUCGAUGAUGUGCAUAUGGAAGGAGAGAGACGUGACUUUCGUGGCUGUAUUAACUCACUUAUCCUGAAAGGUAUGUUUUAAGAUCUCAUUGUGAAAGUGAUUGAUGCCUGGGAUAAAACCAUUGCAUGUGGCACUGAGAAUAUCCACCUUCCGGAUCGUGUGAUUGGAAAUGAGACUGAAAUGUUUUUUAACUUGCUUUUGCCAAAUUACAAAUAUAGAAAAAUCACCAAGGGCCACUCUCCACAGAUAUCCACAUGGAUACCACACUCUCCCAGUUUCCCUCCCAUCACUUUAGCCAUUCCUUUCAACAUCGACUGCUGGAUCCUCUUCCUACCAAAAUAUAUCCUGAUAUUGCUCACACUUUGCUCCAGACCUUCUUCCCUUCUCAUCUACAGCCUUUCUUUGGGGGAUUUCAUCCGUUCCAUUCAAUUACCAUCUAUCGGCUGA